AUGCAGCAGGAAUCUUGCCGUGCGGCGAAUUCGAUGCCGUUCGCCAGGGACCCUGACGUGCAGAUUGGCGUGCUGAUGUCGCUGCUAGUCGCGGUAUAUGCCCUGAGCAAGGUCACCCAGGACGAGGGGACGGUCGAGCUCUGGAUCGUCCUGAUGCCCAUGCUGACCUACGCCAUCGGGUGCGCCAACGCGCGGAAGCAUCGAGCUGGCGCCAGGCUGAGGUUCGCCAGCGAGGUGCGCGAGGGCAGCACGCCUGAGUCCGCGCUCCGCGCCUUCGAGGAGAUGGUGGAGCAGGGCCAGGCGCCCGACGACGCGGCCUUCAACAGGGCCCUUCGUGCUUGCGCCCGCCUCGGCCAGGUCGACCGGGCCCUGCAGGUGCGCGGGCAGAUGCCCCUCUUCGGGUGCGUCCCCGACCGCAGGGCCAACGCUGCGAUGAUCAGGGCCUGCACCGCCGCCGGCAGGGUAGGGGAGGCGCUGGACAUCUUCGAGGAGUGCGCCCAGCCCAGUCCUUGCGCCUGCCGCGACCCGAUCCGCUGCUACAUCGAGGCGGAGCGGCUCGGGAAGGCCGUCACGCUGUACAAGGAGAUGGCCGAAUCGGACAUGCCCCCUUGCGCCAAGACAUUCCAGCGCCUGAGCAGUGCGGCCCAAGAGCAGGGGUGGAUGGAGACCGCAGCCGAGCUCCUCGGCGUCCAUGCAAGCUGGGUGAACAGGAUUGAGGCCGUCGCAAGCGACGUCUUGGAUGCUUCCAGCGAGCUGGGGGACACCGACUCCGAGUGA